UUCCAUACAAAACUUAUUUUGUUCCUAGUUAGUUGCGUCAGCCCGAUUCCAUAUUCGAUGAUUAAAAAAAUUAGUGGUCUUCGUUGGUUUCCUGUAGCUGCUGACUGUGUAGCAACGUGCCGAUAUCACAAACAAGCUAUUAUUUAACAUCUUUAUUAUGACUUCGGAAACAAUCGCUACCCCACCGUCGGUUUCAUGGGCUCAGAGAAGCACUCGUGUUUUUUUGACAUUUAAUGUUGAAUGUGAAAAACCGGAUAUAAAAAUUGAAAAGAAAUCGGUUUCAUUUAGAGGAAUAUGUGCCCCAGACCGAAAAUUACUUCAAGUUGAUAUACCCUUGUAUGCCGAAAUAGACCCCGAGAAGAGUACACAAGUCAACAAAGGCAGAUACAUUGAGCUUGUGUUAAUGAAGGAAAAGACUGAUGAGUCAUUUUGGCCCACACUAACCAGUGACAAGAAGAAGCACCAUUGGUUAAAGGUGGACUUCAAUCGCUGGCAGGAUGAGGAUGAAAGUGAUGAUGACAUGCUUGAGAUGAAUGACAUGUUUUCAAACAAAAUAGGCCCAUUUGGGGAUGAACUUGAAAAGGAUGACUCCAGUUCUGCUGAAGAAGAGGAUCUUCCUGAUAUAGAAUAGAAAUUCUUGAAUCUCCAGUCAUGUAAAACUUUAGACAUUUAGAAGUGCAUUAUUAACAUUUGUGCUUUUAUAUGAAAAAAUAGUGUGGUAGCUAUGAUUAGCCUCAGUAAUUAGACAAAAGUAUAUGAAAUGAGUGGUUUGAAUCAAGUUUGUAUUUGAGUGUAGAAGUUGGGCUAAUUUUCCUUUAUCAUGAGUUUUAUGGGAAACAUGAUGACUUGUUAUUUAUAAGUUUUAUUGUAUAAAAAUACAAAUUAAGUUUAGAGGUUAUAGACUAGUCUGUUUUAAUGAUUUCCUUUUGCAAACAGUCAAGUUUAAUAUUUACAGAAGUUGGUUUUUCUAUUAUAAGAAAGAUGUCUCCUUCCCUGGAGGAAGGCUCUCUAGCAGUUAAGCCCAAAUUUGACUGCAGUGUAUGGUAGGAAACUACUGGGGCUGGCUGUUCUUGUGCAUACUUUUACUUUAUUCCUUAAAAAAGCGUUAUCCGAAAUGGUCUAAAAGAUGUUAUGUUUUAGUUAACUUGCUCAUUUUGGUGUUCGUUUACAUGUAUCUGUAAUUUUCACUAUAAACAUUUAUUACAAAUGUUAUGUUGUUUGAUUUUACAUGUUUGAUUAAACUGGAUAACUUCAUAUUAUAUAUAUAGAUAUAAAAUUCUAAGUUGCGGAGCCCCCUGUGACCGUUCAUAGUUGAGGGGUUAAAUAGCAUUUAAACCUACAAGUUUAUGUAUAAAAAUAUUAAUUGACUGUCAAUGUCAUCUUUAUAUCCUAAAUAUCGGAACAGCUCAGUCCAAUAAGUUUUUGGCAAAAAUUUCAUUUUUGGUACAAGCUUUUAUCUCUGACUGUACUUUUUUUUCCACAGGUAACUAAUACUCAUUGAGACAAUUCUGAAAACCCCAAACACAAUUAGGUUGCAUGGCUUUAUCACAGAGUUCCUAUGGCUACCUCCUGUCUCCAUCAUCAGAUCAGCUUGAUGGUAUAGUUGUUAGUUUUGUAGCUGGCCCCCAACGGCUUAUCCUUUGUCUAUUAUUAACUAAAAACGCGCGUGCCACUUACCUGCAAAAAAGGGCUAGGGAACUUUAAGAGGUUAUUUAAUUAGAACUCCUAUGGUAACUAAAAUACGAUUCAAAAUGAACAAAUGGAAAAAUAAUUUGUGAUUUCUUGUGUGGUCCCUAUAUGGUUACUGAGUGCGGCGAGUCGAACGCUACCGAACCAGUCUAAAAUGGUGUCGAUAUGCGGAACAAAGGCGCGUUAUCGGAGAGCGCACCUACACUGGUUUUUUGAGCAUUGGACUAGCCCGCGCUCAGGUGCCAAUUACCAAUUAGAAUUAUACGAACCUUUUUUUCCAGGUAGUGGCACGCGCGGUUUUAGUUAACAAUAGACAAAGGAUAAGCCGUUGCGGGCCAGCUACAAAGCAAAACUAUACCAUAAUAUUGCAUUGACACCCGACUUACAUAUGUAUGAAAAUUCAGCUUCACGGAAACUGGGAAGUGGGUCAAAUUUUACUUGCAAGAUUAGUCCCAUACAUACUAACAGGGCAAGUUAAAUAAAAAAAAAACUUAGAUUGCUUCAUCCUUAAAAUGGCCGAAUUUAUAUUAGUAUCUAAUUUCAAGGGCCAAAAUACUCAGUAGUAGAUUUGUGGGAUAAGGGACUCUAGCUCGAGCGUCAGUCGCGACACUCAUGACAUCUAGUGUCAAGUAGCGGUACUGAUGAAUCCGCUACUUGACGAUAGAUGUCGCCUACGAAAAUAAUAUGCGUUUUGGUAAGAAAAUUGAUGUAUAGAGUAAGCACCAAAGAGUAAAGUAAGUAUACAUAUAGGUAAGCACUCGAUGGUACGACUACGCUUACGAGUAUCAUUUACAACCAAGCUAUGGACGGUAGUGAACGGUCGACGGUUUCUACCAGUAUCUACACUCCAUAAACCAACCGUUUUUAGCAUAGAUAGUAAGAAUAGUGGGAUCGUAUGUGCGGCUGUCACUAUGGGCAAGAGAGAGAGAAUAGUUAAAGGACUUAAAUUCCCAAGGAAAACUAAGAACUUUGACUUCGUAUUACACUGUCUUAAUCUAUCGAGCGAUAUGGAAAUUUUACGUUAAUAUUCCUAGCGAUUAGCUAUGCAAAGAUGUCACCUUAAGAUGCAAAAUAUAUCUGAACAUGCUAUCUUAACAUACAAAAUAUAAUAUGAUAUUAAAUGCUGGUGAAAUAAAUGAUCAUUCUCUUUGUUUUGACUGACAAGUAUACCUAUAGACAAUUUAAGAGACAAUUCUGAUUUGGUGUCAAAAUGUAAAAAGCCCUGUGUUUAAAUCUACCGUGAAUUAAUAAAAAACUACCGAAAAAAUGACUGGAUUUGAGAUUGAGUUGGUCUUCUUACAAUAAUAGGCAUGCAUUCCUAAGUUCCUUGUAUUUCUCUCCAAUUAUGGGUAUGCAUUCCUAAUCACCAAUCUAAUGGCAAUUUUUGCACAUAUUGGCAUUGUUCAAUUUAUUUGUAUACCUAAGUAAGAAGAAUAAUUGUAAAAGCGAAAUUAUGACCACUUCGGAGUCUGACGGAGGAAGUGUGUUAAUGAAGAGCGUUCCAAAAAAGAAACCUGCCAAAACUGCCGCUAAGUCUAAGGUCAGCAAGGAUUCCAACGAAUGUGCCAAAAUAGUCUUGCUAGUUAGUCUCAUGGCUCUGCUGAUAUCUUUGGUAUGGUAUGCUGCAAAUAAAUGCUGUUCACGUCGGGGUAGACAAGGUUACAGCUGCUUUAAUUAACGAGAUUGUUAAAUGAAACGUUAUUUUAAAAUGUCAAAAGCAGACCUUCACAAAUCAAGCGUAACAUCUAGGAUCAAAUCCGAGACUAAUACUUUGUCAGAUGUAUCUAGUGAAUAUGUUAAAGAUCCUAAAUACCAGGUGUUUUUGUUAGCUGCUCUAUUAACAGUGCUGUUUGGUUAUACAUGCUUCCUUUACUUCCGCGAACGACGUUGUCGUCGGCGCCGCCGCUGUUCCAAUUGCCAAUCCGUUUCAAGACGAUGCUGCAGCUAGAAAUCUUCGGACUUAUAGGACGAAUAUAGAUCAGAGGAAAGUGUUAUGUAAUGUAGCCAAACGUAAUCAAUAAAAGAUGUAACAAUA